AUGGAGGUUACGAGAAAUAACUUCUCCCGGCUUCUGCCACGGAUGCUGCAGGAUAUAGGAGACUGUUCUUUCGUUGCCCUCGACUUCGAAUUCUCAGGGAUUUUUAACCAGAAGCUACGGCCUGCUUCGGCCUAUGUUGAUGGUGACCUGAGCCUGCAGAAGAGGUACGAAGAAGUAAAGCAGGCUGCAGAGGAGUAUCAGAUCCUCCAGGUUGGCCUUACACUGGUGGUUGAGGAUAGUCAAAAUGGUUGGAGAUAUCCCUUCUAUACCUGA